GUCGGUCAUGACAGGGCUUGAGAGGUGUGAUUCUGCAUCUUUCGAAUUCUUCAGUGUGAGGGAUGGCUCAAAAGUCACAGCUACAGUGCAUGGCGUGUUCGGAGUAGUCUCGAUUAUCUACACGACAUACGGGGUACAAAGACUAUUAUUUCAAUGGUCGCCCUUCAAGGCAACCGCUGUGAAGCGCAGUGGAAGACACGAGAGUCGUGGAUAGGUACUCGAAGUAGCGUCUGGAGCAUCGAAAACACCUCAGAAGUCAGAGAUUGUUUGACUCGGCUGCUACCGAAAAUCCGCAAAACGGUCACAGUGCGGUAUUGAAAAGGACACCCAAUCCGAAUGGCCGUC